AUGGACUGGCUUGGCUGUCCCCUAACAGCCUUCUCCACUCACCACAAGUCAUCUCCUGACCACUUUCUGCCUGCCAUUGACCCCAUGGCUUCAAGCCACAGGAACCAUGCUGCUCACUGCUCUGUGCCGCAGAGCAACGGCCUGCCCUGGAUGCCCAGAGCUUACUACAAAGCCGCUACCACCCACCCCACUCUGGCUCCCUUGUCUGGCCCAGACCUGAGCCCCAUCGAGAUGCUGCCUUCUAUGUGCAACAGAAGGGCAAUUUUCACCCGCUACAGCCCCAACGACUGGUCUUGCUCCAACCAGAGCAACUACCGAGAGGCACAGAUGUGCAGGCGCAAGGCGGAGCUGCUGACGGCCGAUAGCUCCCGCCUGGUGCGGGACAAACACCAACAGACCUGCCAGACCCAGGCAGACAACAGCAAGAAGCUGGGGCAGCGACUCAGAGACAUCCAGUUUUGGAGGGUGCAGCUCUGCCGUGAGCUGGAAGAGAUGAUGAAGGAGAGCGAUGCCCUGGCAGAGACAAAGGCACGGCUGGAGAGAGCUCUGGCCGAGGCAGAGGUCUCCCUCCAGGUUGCUCAGGAGUGCCUCCUGCAUAGGGAGAAGAGGAUGGGCAUCGACCUUGUCCAUGACGAGGUGGAGAAGCAGCUUGUAACAGAAGUGGACGUCAUCCGAGCCUGCCUGGAGAGGAUGCAACUGUCCCUGAAGAAGGCAAAGGCCCAGCUGCUGAACAACCGGGCGGCCCAGCAGGAGCUGGAGAAGGACCUGUCCAACAAGCAGGUGGCCCAGCGCAUCGACGGCAAGUGCCACCAGCUGAUGAACCACUCCGAUGGCAUCGGCUCCUACCACGGGGUGCAGCGGGUGGACGCCACUAUCUCGGUGCCGCAGUCAUGGGCCAAGUUCAGCGACGACAACAUCCUGCUGUCGCAGAGAGAGCGGGCAGCCUCUGCCCAGCUGCGGGGCUCCAUCGAGAACCUGAUGGAGGUGACGGCCAAUGAGAUAUGGAGCCAGUUCAACAGGGUGAACGUGGCCUUCACCAAGCGCAUCGCCCAGACGGACGAUGCCAAGAACAAGAUUCAGGCCCACCUGGCCAAGACGCUGAAGGAAAUCUUCCGCAUGGAGAUGACCAUCGAAGGGCUCCGCAAAGCCAUCAAGGACAAAGAGGCCCCGCUGAAAGUGGCUCAGAGCCGCCUGGACGAGCGCACGCGGAGGCCACAGAUGGAGCUGUGCCGGGACCCUGCUCAGCUGCGCCUGGUCAGGGAGGUGUAUGAGAUCGACGACACUGUGCAGAGCCUGCGGCGGCAGCUGCGAAAGGCCGAGGACAGCCUGCAGAGGCUGGUUCAUACCAAGACUGCGCUGGAGCACGAUCUGGCCAUCAAGGUCAACUCGCUCUUCUUGGAGCAGGAGAAGUGCCUGGGGCUGCGCAAGACCUUCCCCAGCACCACGCGGCUGCUCGGCUACGUGUAGGCUGGGUCCGGCGGGCCUCAGCGCAUCUGCUGUGGGAGCUGCUCCUAGUUAGGCCCAAGUGCGCUCCCAGUUUGGCCUUGAUGUUUUUUUGUGUUACAAUUAGAUUCUGCUUUGUUCUCAAAGACCCGAGUAGGAAUUAAACACUCGGUGUGUUACAUGAUCUACCUGGGUUUAUCCUUCCUUUGGUUUUUCUCUUUCUGGUGUUGCUCUUUCAUGGUGGUAGCUGAAAAUACCCUGCAUGGGACAGGAGGAAAGCACAAGGGGCAGGGACACUUGUUGUCAGAGUAAUUAGCUGUUGACAUCCAUAGUUGUGUAGUAAUACAGACGCAGCUCAAAUCUCCUGCAAAUCUUCACAGCACGUUCUCUUCCUGAAGACAAAAAGCUUCCGGU